GCUCUUAUUCACCUACGAGUGACAGUUGAACAGAAAAGAGCAGCAUAUGAACAGGAAGGCUAUCGUCGAAGGAAUUCGCCAGUGUUUUGGAUAUUAACGAUUCCUGAGAUCGGUGAUUACGCUCAGCACUUCAAAAUAUUCAACAUGAUCAUUCGCACCCUUUUCACUACGCAUCAGUUUUAUCGGGUACUGGACUGGGCAGCCGAGGUUGAUCUUCACAAAACGACCGAUAAGCGAAAAAGUCCUUACACGAAAAUUGCCGUCGAGACGAGGCUUGUGCAGCUGUUUGAUUUAUGUCGAGAAAAGUUGGACCUCUCGUACUAUCGAUACAAGGACCAGAAAAUUAAGGAACGAAAGGUUUCAUAUGAAAAACAGGACUACGACGAGGGCUAG